AUCAUACUCUACUGCAGUCUUCUGUCAGAGCAGGAGCAGAGCAGAAAACCUGUCGGACAGCCGGAAACAGUUCACAUCCUCAUGUUCUUCGCUAAAGCUGAGAAGAAUGACCAGCUUCAACAGCAAUUUCGAGCUAACAUUAGGUCCAUGGUGAAGCAUGCAACUGGUCGGAUCAAGUACCAUUUCCUGGGCGACGCGAACAGCACCCGGAUCGCAGCUGACAUCCUGGAAAACGUGUUCGAUACAAUUCCGCACAGAGAGAAUCUAGUCAUACAAGUGCAGACAUACGAAGUCGAAUCGGUUGUCGCGAAAGUAGGACACGACGUAUGGCCUACCCAACAGCAGUUGUUUAAAAGUUACCAAAAGAACUACGAUCUCUUCAACGACAUAUUUUACUUCAUUCCGUUCGCCCUUCACAAGGUCAUUGACCUGUCUGAGGUCGAUCGCAUCAUCGAGGUGGAUGCCGACAUGAGAUUAAUGACCGACAUUCGAAAGCUUUGGCGGGAGUUUGAUGAAUUCUAAAAUGAGACAAUAUUCGCGCUGGCUCAAGAGCAACAACCUGUAUAAAAUCAAAGGUUUGCGAUAGCACGUGGGGCUCUUGGGGACGACAGGCUGGGCAUGCCGCCACCUGGUGGCAAACCGGGUUACAAUGGCGGCUUCUACUUCAUCAACCUCGACCACAUGUCGAAAUCUAAGAAAUAUCAGGCGGCGGUAGCCGAGAGAAAU